AUGUCAGCGAGCCAGCCAGAGCCAGAGCCAGCAGACGCGCAUGGUCUGGAACGGAUAGGCGAGCGUCUGCAAUAUAUUGGCAGAGGAGACCCCCAGGCGGAUCAGAUUUCUGCCUUUUCCGUUACCAAACCGCUGGGUCAAAACAUUCGCAAUCCGCUGCCAAAUCCCAAAUCCCCAACCCCAAACCCUCAUUCCCGUGGCGAGGAACCUCCCACAACCCUUCACAACCCGAGCAGCGCACUCCUAGGAAACCCCCGUAUUGUCGCGUUGAGAGAGCGCAGCUCUCCGUUCAGUCUUUGGACGACGGUCGAGAAAGUGGCGGCCUCAUUCCAGGUCGAGGUUGCCCACCCACGAUCGGAGGGAGCUGCACUUCCACUGAGCGAUAUUGAUAGCAGCUUCGAUCUCGUGGGUUUGGCACGGCAGAUUCUGGGGAAGAGAAGCAUCGACGAAGCCACAGACCAGACAAGGGCCAUCUCCACCGAGUUGGAAAUGGCUACGCCCGAAGAGCAGAGUGCGAAUGCUCAGAAUGAGUCCCCAACGUCGCGGUUCACUGCAGUGAAUGGCAAGGAGCCAGUAGUAGUAGCAACCCCAGCCAACGGACUGGCUUCAAACGGUGCUUCUCGACGAGGUUCAGAUGAGCGGUCCAACGGCCAGCCAAGGAUAUCCCCACCAGGACAGGAGAAAUUAACCAUCACAACUACUACACAGCGGGAAGAAUGGAUCCAGCCAUCAAGUAGCGACCGCCAUACCUACCUGCCACCGAGUGGGUACUCGGAAGCAGAGAUGUCUCAUAAGCGGAAGAGAUCCGGAUCUAUGGAACCAGACUCUUCUUCUACAAAUUCGUACCACAGCCAUGCCAUCCCCUCUUCCACAAAGCAAACACCAACGACAGCAACAACGGAACCAGAAACCCCGCGAGACCAAACUCUUCGAGCACCGUCACACUCCGAUCAACGGGACUCGUACGGUACAGAAUCUCAGUACAGACAAUUUCUCGCAAACGAAGACGCCCGAGAAUCAGGUGUUUCGCACGACCACUGGCACCUGAGGCAGUAUUCUGCAAAUUCCCAAGUGACUUCAGAUGAGCAAAUUGGAGAGGUUCUCCAACGAGCAUCUCAGCAUAUGGAUGCCCAGCAACAUGGUGAUUACCAGAGCCCUGGAGAUGACGACAAAUCCGUAAAUCAAUACUACGACCAAGACGGAAGUGUUCAAUCUGACCCCAAGAAACGUAAACGUAAUUUCAGCAAUCGAACGAAGACCGGAUGUAUGACUUGUCGAAGGCGUAAGAAGAAGUGUGACGAAAAUAGACCAGAGUGUAACAACUGCCUGCGUGGUGGGUUUGUCUGUUCGGGCUACCAACAACGUGGCCAGUGGCCCAAGACAGAACAGAAACAACCACCAAUCCCAUUGCAGUCAAAGACAGAUUAUGAAGCUUCUCCGUUCGGCCAGUCCCAAUACGUACCACAAACACAUGGACAACCCCAGCAGCAACCUCGAAGAGAACCGUUGCCUGGAUACCGCGGUCAAAGCUUACGAGUUGAUCCGCAACACGGACAAGGGCGACGCAACAUGGAUGAUGAUCAACCAAGCGCCUCUGCAAUCCCCAGUGCUUCGGUCACUAGCCCAGAGAACAACAGACUUUCUGCCAUCUCAUACUCGCAUCAGAUCCCGACUCCAAUUACGGCUUCCAGCAGUGCCUAUCCAGACCGGCAACCGAAGAGCGCAUACGAACGUGUUGGACCUCUUCACGAUAUGUCAAGACAGGAGUCUAGGCAAGACUCAGACACUGGCACGCCACAGUCCGCAUCCGCGACUCUACCCCAGAUCCUGCACCCGCAAAUACACGCCGAUAGCCCCCACAGCAACCCCCAAGUUGCGGCGCAGCUCGCCUUGUCCAAUCUUGCUUCGAGCAGCAGCCGCCCACGAACACAGAAAGAGGAGAUGCUGGCAGGACGUCACUACUUCCCAUUCGACAAGGAGCUGGUGCUCGAACGCGAACGCUGCAACGGAGCAUGCUGGCGAUUCAACAGCAGCACCAAUCCCAACAAUGGUGUUUCUCCCGAGGAGCGAGCACGCCUCUUCAGAGAUAUCCUCCAACCGCGCGAGCAUGUCAUAUCACCCACUCAAGCCUCAUCGAUCACACCCGUCGGUCGAGUAGGCGACAAUGUGGUUGUCGAAGCACCCUUCAAUUGCGACUACGGAUACAACAUCAGCAUCGGUCAGGAUGUUGCUAUUGGCAAGAAUUGUACAAUCCUCGAUACAUGCGAAGUCAAGAUUGGGGAUCGGUGUAACAUCGGACCAAACGUCAACAUCUACACGGCUACUCUACCGGUUGAUCCAAAAAGAAGACUGGGUUCCCGAGGACCGAAUCUAGGUCGCAAGAUAACGAUUGAUUCCGACUGCUGGAUUGGGGGCGGUGUCACUAUCUUGCCCGGUCGGACUAUUGGUAAGGGUAGCACUGUGGGGGCCGGCUCAAUUGUCACAAGAGAUGUCCCGCCAUAUACAGUUGUCUGCGGCAACCCAGCUCGAGUCAUCCGCGGCCUCUACCCACCUCACGAUGGCUAG